AUAGGGCCGCCUCGUUUUGGCCCACAAAUGGUGGUAGAACACCUGCUCUGUAUAUCGAUCGGUUAGUCACACCGGCACUGCUCAUAGCCUCCUCAAACCUGCUCGACGAGUUGACCAUCUUAUUCCGUGCUUUGAAACCUACAUACGUGUUCCGUUCAAAAAAUGGCAAAAUCUAAUAAUAAUGCUCUGUCAUAUCCUGCUUUGAAAUCUGUCCUACGGCACUUUGAGCCAAAUUUGAGAAUCCAGCUAUCCCAGGAAUGCCCUACAAUCAAGCUCAUCGAUCAAAAAAUUCCACUUCAAAUCGAUGAACUGAAAAUCAAUGAGCAUAGCUUUACAAUUAAUGAGACCGUCUACAAACUGGAAGUCGAGACUUCACUUGGAUCCCGAGCAGCCCUUGAUCUUAAUCACUACGGAGCAAUUGAUAACGCCCAAGUUGUUGAGCGACUCCCAGGAGAGGUUCUCAUUGAUGGGAGGUUCAAUUACUCGGAGAAGGCUAGAAUCAACUCGGAGCUAGAGCAGCUUGAAGUAGAGCAAGAACGAAUUGAGAAGAUUCAAGAUGCGGAGGAAAAGGCUAGAGAAUGGAACAGGUUCAAAAGAAGAACUGUGAUGCAUCAGAUCAACACACUUCGAUUUUAUGCACCUCGAGGCACGGUUAUUCAAAUCCCGAUCUCUUUCUACAUCAGGUUAACGGUUGGAAAGCACCACAGUGAAACCCUCCGCUAUACCUUGAAGCUUCACGAUGCACUGAAGUACCUUCUUCAGGUAGUUCUGGGUGAUCGGAAGAAUAUCAGGAUCAGAAAGCUCCAGCUAAGUUGUGCAGGGAUUCUUCGGAUCCCUUCUACCCUUGACCUUCAAUUCCGAAACUUGAAACUGGGGAAGAACACUGAUGAAUUUGUUAGAUGGAUAAAUCCACUCAUCGAAAAUUUGAAAGAACCCUUAGAAUCCGUGGAUAUUGAGGAUGAUACCCAUGAAAUCCUCGAAAGUUCAUUUUUUGAAUCCGAACGAUUACUUAUCAUAAGAUAUGCCCAUUUAAAUUUGAUUCGGCUAGCUGGGAAAAGAAACGUUUGCAUCAAAUACGUCAGGUGCGUUACGGAAGUCGGAUUGUUGGAUUUUUUGAAUAGAUGGCUUGAGGGCAGAAGGGGUGUCGGAACAUGCUGGUGGUUCGCAUUGGAUGAUGAAUCUCAAGCAAGAAUUUUUUUGGAAGUCAUCAAGAAGGACGAUCGCGCUGAAGAAGUCCAAGAAUCAAGUGUCUUGUUUCCAAUGGGCAACUCUACAGAGGCUUUCAUUUUCUAUGAAAAAAAUGAGCAUCGAGAUGGAAAAUAUGGCAGUUGGGAGUUGGUUUACAGUUUGAAGUUUACAGUUUGCAAGAAGAAGCUUUAAAGGAGAUUGAUUUCUGGAUUUUUGCGAAUAAAUGAAAUGUGUUAAUGA